AUGCGGCUCCUCAACGUCUUCACCCGGGAGCUCGAAGACUACGUCAGCGAUGCCGCGCCGUCCUACGCCAUCCUGUCACACACCUGGCACGAUGACGAGGUGACGUUCCAGGACAUGCGGGACCCCGAGGCUCGUGAAGGGGAGGGGACGAGGGGCAAGAAGGGCUACGCCAAGAUCGAGGAGUGCUGCCGCCAGGCCGUCAAGGACGGCUACGGCUGGGUCUGGAUCGACACGUGCUGCAUCGACAAGUCGAGCAGCGCCGAGCUGUCCGAGGCCAUCAACUCCAUGUACUCGUACUACCACAACGCGGCCGAGUGCUACAUCUUCCUGGCCGACGUGCCGGCGGGCAGCGGCAGCGGCAGCGGCAGCGGCGGCGGAGAGGGCGAGGACCCGGGGGCGCCGGGCUCGGCAUUUCGGCGGAGCCGGUGGUUCACGCGCGGGUGGACGCUGCAGGAGUUCCUGGCGCCGCGCAAGCUGGUCUUCUUCGACGGCGGGUGGGGUGUGUGCUUGGAGAUCAUCCGGCUGGACAUGUUCGUCGGCACGGCCAAGACGUGGGAGCACUACUUCGGGCCGGCGCAGUACGCGCUGCUCGAGGAGAUCACGGGCAUCGACGCCGCCGUUGUGGCCACGGGCGACUUCCGCCGCGUGCCCCUGGCCCAGCGCUUCUCGUGGGCCGCCGGCCGCACCACGACCCGCGUCGAGGACAUGGCUUACAGCCUCCUCGGCAUCCUGGGCGUCAACAUGCCGCUUCUGUACGGCGAGGGCGAGGCCGCCUUCCGCCGGCUGCAGGAGGAGGCCAUCCGGACGCGGACCGAUCAGAGCUACUUGGCCUGGGGUCUGGGUAUGUCGUGGACCGAGAUCCGGAACACCCUCAGCUUCGGCCGCGUCCUGGCCAAAUCACCGCAUGUGUUCAAGAACUGUGGCAGACUGGCAUCUCUAGAAUCCGGCGACGUGCUGACACUGCCGAUCCAGUCCCUGUCCAAUCGCGGCUUGCAGGUCGAGUUGUCGCUGCUGCCGGUGGACAACGACAUCGGUGUUACCCUAGCUCUGCUGCCUUAUGGCGGGCAGUCUGAUCAAGUCGCCAUCCCCUUGGUUCGUUGUCUAGGGACAUCGUACUACAGGAGGCUGGACGGGAGCCCGCCUUUCGUGUGUCCCAGGGCCAACGUGCUCCGGAAAGCCAAGAAACAGACCAUAUACCUCCUGGAUGAUGACGGCACCGAGCACAUGUUCUACGACUGGAAGCACCGGAAGCGCAGCUGGCUAUCCCGGUGGCUCCCGCUUCAUCGGUUUGAGGGCGAGCUACACUUCGACUUCAAGACCCUCCUGAGGGCCGGCUAUAGGCUCGAGUCCUGCUUCCCCCCGGUCCGCGACACGGCCAGGCCGUCGCAGGUCUCGGGCGUGCGACCCGUAGACAUCAACGACCCGGAGGUCGAGGACGCCUUCAUGGUCGACUUCCUGGCCAUUGUUCUGCGCAAGGGCGCGGACCGCAUCGGGCUCUAUCUGAAGUUCCACGCCGGGUUCUCGCGGGCGCACAAGCGCCGGGUGAGCGACAUGGCCGGGCUGUGCACCUUCCGGGUCCACGGCAACUCGGCCGCGCUGGUGCUGGCAUCGACGCAGAGCCAGCGCAACGCGUGGACCAGGGGCCUGAUCAAGAUGAGUCCCACGUGCAUGGGCCCGGACUGCCCCAGCACGGAGCAUCUGCACCUGACGCACGAGUUGGAUGAGAGUGAGGCAGGGCGGAUGUUGCGCGUCGUUGUCAAGUUCCGCAAGACGGAUACCCUCUCGUCUGGUACCAUAUCACUCAAGGCGCCGCCAUCUCACACGCCUCUCAGGGGAUACCUUGUUUACCAAUCUCGUGGCAAUACCUCGCUGUCCCAAUAUGCCUGA